AUGUCUAAAGUUAUAAUCAAAUGGAGUACGUUCUCCUACAUUUUGAAUACAGCGCUGUCACUGAUGCAGCAGGUGAUUUUUACCUGCUACCUAACAACAUACAGUGUGGCAUUAUGGUCAGUACUGGUGAUUGACAUAUUUUUUAUCAUUUACAUCCUGUACAAUAGCACUCCCCGUUUAUUAGUUAUCCAAGGUGCCAGAUGCUGGGCUGCACACACCCGUUUGCUGAUCUUUAAAAUUAUAUUCAUUUAUCUGUUCAUUUUACCUACGGGUAUAUCUGAUAAGGCACUUCUGUUGAGGGGAUUGGUAUCUAUGGGGAAUGAGAUUUCAUUAGUUAACUCAUUGACAGUGUUGAUUUAUGUGUUAUGGAUUUUUCAAAUAGGGACAAUGAUCUACAAUGGUAUACGGAAAAUCUCAAUUGAGCACAUGUUACACAUUGAAUUGGCGCUGCGGGUAUUUAUUGAUUUAAUGGACAUUAUAGAUGCAACACAUAACUUCAUUUUCGAGAGAAAUGUGCAAUUUUUGGGUCAUUUUGUUCUUUUCGGAUAUGUAAUAUCACUCUACUUCCAUGGAUAUUCUUUUCCCCGUAUGGGAGUUGAAAAGUAUCUUAAUUUGCCAGAUUCGACACAUAGUAUUUCAAUUGGAGCCAAUGAAGAUAUUAAUUCCAGUGGAGACGUUAGGUAUUGUAGGAAGAAUGCUAUAAUUGUCGGCACUUGGUUCGUUGAUGUAUUAAUUGGAUCUUGUCGCAUUGUAGCCAUUUAUAUUACUAAAAACUCUGGGUUUUCUAUUUUUCUGAUCAAAAAUAUCUACUCUAUAGUUUUGUAUUUCGGGCUAUUCAGCUCCAUAUCCAUAAUCCCCAAGUUACUCAAGUCAAAUGAAUCAAUGUCAGGUCAUCUAUCCGAAAACAAAUUUGAUCUUAAAAAAAUUGGAUCUGUCAAAACUCAAUUUUCAAUCAAAUCUAAACAGUUUGACAAGGUAGAUAAUCAGAACUAUUUAUGGUCAUCCAAGGAAAGCAAUAAGAAUUAUUUCAGUAAAUCUGGUAUUUGUUUAAGUCCCAAUUUGUUCGAAUAUUUGUAUAAGAUUACUUCUAGCCUUGAAUUCUCAUCCAAAACAGACUUACAUCACUUCCUAAACCCAACUUGCGUCCAGUUUAAUUACAAACUUAGGAUUAUAUUUCCAUAUAUUUCUUUUGUAUUUCUCAAGAUCUUGUUUGUACUUCUUUUUAACUUUGCCACCAAUCACAAUAGUUAUAACACUGAUUUCAUCACUGCUUAUUUUACAGCAGAUAGCACGGAUGCAACAGCACAGAUUGAUAAGACCUAUGGACAUUUGGUUAUUGCAGUAAUUGCAGCUAUUUUUUUGUUAAAUUUCGCAUGCUUCGUAACAAUUACAACUCUUUUUGAAGCAAUAUUCAGCGGGCUAUUCGCUGCCAUUAGGUUUUUAUCUUUUAUCGCAAUGUUAUCUCUUUUCUCCCAGUCCAAACUGCUAAACAUGAUAGUGACGAAUUUAAACCUUAUGAUUAUGAAAUCAUUGGGUAAUCAUAUUCUUUGUGUAUUCGCUAUCUGGCCAUGUAUUAAUCUACUUUCCAAUAUGUACCCUUUCAUUUCGGCGAUCCUAGGAAAACAGUUUAACAGCUACAUAAUCCUCUCAACGGACAAUUUUGGUGAUACCAGGGAUCAAGUUGGUGUGAUACCUACUAAUACACUCAUUUUGCUUGUUACUGCUCAAAACCUUCUAUUGCCAAAAUCUAUGUACAAAUAUUUCUCUGGCAAUUACGUGGUGUCAACCUAUAGGCUUAACAUCAUGCUCUCAUGGGUGCACACAAGAAGAGUUUUUAUGUCAAUUUACAUGCGUAUACUUUUACUUCUGAGUGUGGGUAAUGCUAGCUAUUCAAUAUAUAUACCAAUAUUUGGAAUUCACGCUUUAUUUCUAAUGCACUACUUGUUGUCAACUCGCACGGUGCGCCAUGCUAUAAUUAACAAGACUGAACUGCAAAGGACUCUUAAAGAUGCAAACGAAGGUUUGAAGGGUAAUGUCGUUACGCGCGACUUUGAUGGAAAUGUGUUUACUAGCACGUGUAAAUUACUACCAGACUUGCUGUAUUGA